GUUGGCUAGCUGGUUAUGGUGAAGAUGGCGGAUGGUGACAGUGGGAGUGAGCGCGGUGGAAGCAGUGGUGGCGGAGGGGGUGGAGGUAGUGGAUUUCACUAUCAGCAGAGAGAUCAAGAGACGCAGGAACUGGCAUCGAAGCGUCUCGACAUUCAAAAUAAGCGAUUCUAUUUGGAUGUAAAGCAAAAUGCGAAAGGCCGCUUCAUUAAGAUCGCCGAGGUUGGAGCCGGUGGCUCCAAAAGUCGGCUGACACUUUCUAUGUCAGUCGCGGCAGAAUUUCGUGACUACCUGGGCGAUUUUAUAGAACACUAUGCCCAACUUGGGCCCAGUAGUCCAGAACAAAUCGCACAGUCUUCCGGCGGUGACGACAGUGGCCCGAGAAGGGCACUGAAGAGCGAAUUCCUGGUCAGAGAGAACAGGAAAUACUACCUCGAUCUAAAGGAGAAUCAGCGGGGGAGGUUUCUCCGAAUUCGACAAACCGUCAACCGUGGGCCAGGGUUCGGUGUUGGAGGAGGAGGAGGAGUACCUGGGGGAGGCAUGCAAUCUGGACAAACAAUCGCUCUUCCUGCUCAAGGUCUGAUUGAAUUUCGUGACGCUUUGGCCAAGUUAGUAGAUGAUUACGGAGGAGAUGAUGACGAGUUGGGUGGAGGUGGGUGCGCUGGGGGCUAUGGGGAGCUUCCUGAGGGUACUUCCAUCAUGGUGGAUUCCAAACGAUUCUUUUUUGACGUUGGAUCUAACAAGUAUGGCGUGUUUCUGCGAGUGAGCGAAGUAAAGCCCAGCUACAGAAACUCAAUUACGAUUCCAUUUAAAGCCUGGGGCAAGUUCGGAGGUGCAUUCUCCCGCUACGCCGAUGAGAUGAAAGAGAUUCAAGAAAAGCAGAGGGAUAAAAUGUACGAGAGGAGAGAGGAGGAAUCGGAAGGAGACGACGUUGAUGACGACUGAUACAGUCAGCUGUUGAAAUGAAUGACCAGUUUCCAUCGCCAAUCUGAGAUAAAAUUGGACCGACCUCAAUAUGCUUGAUGAAUUGAGCACUGUUUAUAUCAUGAUGAGAAAAGUUUUGACUGCGCAAAUUCAAUAAUUUAGACAAGUGGCUAGAAGGUUAGAAUGCUAAAUGACUGCAUUGGCUACUUCAGUAGUUAGACCUACUCGAGAAAAAAAAAUUGGAAGUUUUAUGUCAAGGUAAACCCCUCACCCCUAUAACUCAAGUGUUCGUAUGUAGGAAUAACACUGGUCUCCCGUUGUGAGAAUGUCAAUGUGUUUCUAAUGUGUAUUUAGGCUACCAGAAUGGAGGAAAAAAUGGUGUUAACCAGCAUCUAGCCUUAUCUUAGCAUUUGCCCAUCCCACCUUGUGGUUUUGUUUUUAUACAUUUUUUUCAAUUUUUUUUUUUUUUAAAGAUCCGCAGUGGAUUUGGGGGGCUUACAGACAUUUCUAUGGGAAACUAAUUGCCAUUAUUCAGUAUGGAGUAUACUAGGACUUAUAGUAGGAUCUCCAAGGCAUGUUCACUAGCUCUCCAUACAACACUUCUGAUCAUCUGAGCUGAGAUGUAGUUGAUAGGAAUAUGAACAUCACUCAAUCAAGAUUAUAUACCUCCUCAAACAUGGAGUGGUGAUUUUGGUGCUCAUUCAUUUGUUUGUCUUUACUUUUUUAAAUGUCAAGAUUAAUUGUAGUCUUGGAUUUAGUUCUAUAAAUUGAACCACCCCUGUAAAUGUCAUAAUUGAUCCAUAAGAAUUAAUGUAGUUUCUGAAUUCAGUCAACACUGAAUGUCCUCAGACAAAUGAUUGAGAUGAGCAGAUUAAACGAAGCACAAUUGUAGUGUGUUGGAUGGACAGAGGCUGGGUCCAGGAGCACGUGAAAAAAGGGAAUUGAAUACAUUUGAAAUUAAGACAGAAGAAACUGGAAAGAGAAUUAUACUUUAAGGUAACUAACCAAGUUAGAAGAUAGUUAUUUUUAAAAUGCAUAGAAAAAAAUAUAUAUAUAGAACUAUAUUUAUAUAAAUAUAUAUAUGAAAGAUGCAUAUAAAUGCUUCCUCAACAAGCUUAUUGAAACACAUUGAGCUCAGAUGCAAUUAUCCCCUGGGAAAUAAUUCUUAUUGAGUUUACGUCAACAUGACAUUUGUACUGUUUCUUUUAUCCUGAGUGUAAGUGUGACACAAUACAAAACAUGUCAGCUUGUGUCCUCAUAGCUUAGAAUGGCUUCAGUCUAUUAUUUCUUUAAACAAUUGUAGUUUAAGUUUUUGUUGGAAGUUAGUCCUGCUUUUGAACAUUUAACAUUAAGUUCAUGUCUUACUUGGAUAGAACCUUCCUGGAACGGAUUCGGUGCUGAUCUGGUACAGAAUCUCUUCCAGGGUCCGUUACAGUCUGGGUUGGCUAUUGUUUUCAGUUCAGGUGCAAGACAUCAAACACGAGCCCUCUUUAUGUCCUCCAUGCUACUCUUGAGACUAUUUUUGAAACUGCAUGCCUCUUCUGUUUUGGAACUGCCUUGUGUUUCUCAGUUACAGUUGCUGUAUGGUAAUAUUUAUCAGUGGACUUUUAAAGUUUUGAUUUGAUGGUUUUGAAAAGAAGAAAGAGUAACAAUGUUUACCUGAGUUUAACCUCUAAAUUGUGGCGUUUGUUGCAUUUGAGGGGGAAAAAAAGAUGAACUGUCCAUUGAGCUUGAUGUGAACCUUUUCUUUACCUUUUUGUUUAAUUUAAUUUGUCAUUGCAGCAAAGAAUUUGUCAUCUUAACCACCUGGGAGCAAUACUAGAGUAUUUUCUAUUAAUAAUAUGUAUUAGUUUUCUCUACAUCUUUAUUUCUGUACUGUGUUUUGUGAAAUGGCAGCUGUUUCAGUCGUGUGCUCUGCUGUAAAAAAAAAAAAAAAAACUACCAACGUCCUUUCAAAAAGAAAUAAAAGUCUUUGCUGAAUAAA